AUGCGAUUGGAAUAUACCCUCCUUGGCCGAAGCAUUUACCCCUAUGACGAGAAUAUGAUGGUCAAACGCGUCACCAACGACGUUGCAGGAACCAGUCAGAGCUUCAUCGACUAUGUUGCGGAUUUCGAUCAAGGUGCUCGGCCUCUCCCCCUGGAUGCCUGGAAGUUAGUCUACUGCGACUUGUAUUUUGUCGAUGGGGGCAGUGCUACACUACAGGAGAUCUACGAGGCACGUCUUCGCGAAGAGGAGCUACAAACUCCUGCCGCCCGAGCCAGAGACCUUGUACGGAAUAAUUCGCUCAAGAAAGCUCGGAGAAACUCCAAAUGGAUGAUUCCGGCCAUCGAAGGCCUUCCGGCUGAGGAUCAAUGCCAAUGGACACUGCAGGACGUUAUAUCCGUACAAGAACUCCUGAGACAGGGAAAACACGAGGAAGCUAUGGGUCCGCUUUCGAGACAGCAUGAAUAUAAGCAGACUCUGGCAAGACUCUGGAAACAGGUGUCUCCUGCGCCACCAGCUUGGAUGAAGCAUAUCCUCGAGACCCGUCAAAAAUGGGGGUUUGUCCAUUAUUUAUCCAGACAGGUUAACCAGAAACAUGGCUCUAACUGGGAACCACUUUGGAGCGACAUUCAAUUAACCUGGACGAACACUUAUGGCGGGAGAGAUAUGGCAGAUGCAACUUGGAUGGCCAUCCAUUGCCAAGGUGAAGAAAACCGAAAGGUGUUGGAGCCGCUCCUGACUGAGGAUUGGCCUACGUUUCGACCUUCGCCAGAAUUACCUGAAGACGACGACUUGAGAACACACUUUAAACAAUAUGUACGGGAGAAAGACCAUCUCCUGUCGCCGGGAAUUCUACGAAAUACCUUCAUCGUGAUUCCUAUUGAACUGAUCCCCAAACCGUCUGAGGAUGGCGAUUUCACGACGAGCGAGAAUCUUGAUCCUUACUGGGUUUGGGCAUAUGAUGCCGACUGGGAUAGCUCAGAUGAAGCAACUGUCGUCGAUGGGGAGACGUACCAGGGACGCGUCAAGGUGGCAAAAUGGUCAAUCAGCUCGUGGUUCUACGCUGCUCGGUGGGAGGGAGUGAGUCUUCGGGAUAUGUGGCUCAAGGCGCAGAAGCACCCAGAAAAGUUGUGGAUCUGUUAUAUCAAGAACCUGGAGGAAUGGGAUCACGAGCCAUAUGUUUAG